AUGGUCAAGCCAGGGCUAGGCCUCUUCACCGGCCGUCGGAAGUCGUCGAGCAACGUGCUCGAGGAAAUGGCACAUGUGGAAACAGUGCCGAGCCCAGACGCUGCACACGCAGAUUCUGGCGGCUUCCGGCUCAUGAGCCGCACCGAAGUUGAAAAGGCCAACGAGCGACGCAAGACCCUCGAGCGAGAAAAGUCGUCCUCAAAGUUCCGCUUCAGCACUUUCGGCGCAAAUGGCAAGGGUCGAGUGCAGUCAUUUGAAGAAGAAUCUCCAGGGUCCUCAAAGCGCAAGUCUAGCAACGGGACCCAGUUCUCUGCGUCGCGCCCGUAUAAUAAUGGCCAGCAUGGCUCCACCUCCACUCUUCCCUCCUCGACCGAUGCUAGCUCAGACGACAACCUUUUCUCCAGUGCCCCUCGUCCUCCCAUCCCACAACACAACAGCUCCCCGAGCUCAUCAUUGAGCAUGAACGGCUUCCGCAAGCAGUUGCCGUCGUUGCCCAAGUCGAGUCACGGUCUGUCGAGCAAAAAGGAUGAUAAACAAUCCAGGGAGCGGUCAAUGACCGCGUCGAGUUAUGCAAGCACCGCAAUACCGCCGAAAUUAGAAGCAGGACUCGACUUUGGCAACUCAUCGUUCGAUGACAUGUUCAGCGAUAUGAACCGGAAGGAAUCUCCUCCCGAGAUGUCAAGAGAAGCUCCGGGACGUUCGCUUCUUUCGGAAAAGCGUACAUUCCAGCCCGAGCCCAUCAAGACGUACCCCAAGCUCGACGUCGAGGCUCCCUUGAAGAGCUGGGAGAGCCGCGGAUCCACCGAGAACCUCAUGUCCUCUUCCCACUCGGACGACGAGUCACCGCCGCCGCCCCCUCCUCCGCACAAAUACUCAUCAUACGCACCGCACGUCGAUCCCUACAUGGAGAAGACGUCCUACCGUGAUAGCUCUCCUGAGCAGCAUCCGACACAGCCGACCUCCCUCGCCUCCUCUUCCGCCAACUCGCUUCAGACGCCUGCUUCUUCCCGAUCGUCCAACUACACCAACAACACGACACCCAAGGCGUCCCUGGCCUCGAACAUCUCCACCUACACGGAUCACGAUGACGAUCAAGACCUGUUCGCACCAGUCAAAGCAGCGCCGAAAUCCGAGUCCAGAGCUGCGCAAAAGGCACCUGCUCACUCCAUCCCUGAAGACCAGACUCCUACAGUACCAGCUAACGCGCCCAGACCGGGCGCAGGGCGCGUGUUGACACAAACGGAGUACCUGGCGAUGCAGAGGCGAGCAAAUUCGCAACCUCCGCCUGACGACGAUUCAGAUGAGGACUACGAGGACGAGGAGGAGGCUAUCAAGAAGCGCGAGGAAGAGGAAAUCUCGAGACGCAAGCAGCAGCAGAUGCAGUUCGCACGUGAGGCUAUGCGCCGCACUACGACCACGUCUGCAAACCCUUCCCGACCCGACGGUGGCCCGGAAGACAUGAUGGGAUUCCCGUCGGAGACCUCGAUGAAGGCCGAUGAAUGGGAAGACGAAGAUGUGCCUCUGGGUAUACUCGCACAGCACGGCUUCCCAAGUCAAGUACGCGGCCGAAUGCCAAAUCAGCCAGCUAACGCCAUGCCCUCGUAUAUACCAGACCGGCCGGCGUCUGCGGGCGCAACGCCCAGUCGCGCUCCAGGCCACCUACCCGCUUUUGCCAGGGGCCUACCUGCGGACCCUCAUAGCUCCUUCAUUGGUGGAGGCUUGGUACAGCCCAUGAACCGAGAGUCCAUGGGCUUCAACGGCUUUGGUCGCGGACCAAUGUCAGUUGCCGGAGACUCGAUGGCUGGAGGUAUGGGUAUGCACUCGCCGAUGAUGUACCAAGAAGCUGGUAUGUCCCAGCCUUCUCUUGUGGAUCAGAUCCAGAUGAGGGAUAUGACGAAGCAGAAAUACAUGGGAGGGGCAUCUCAAAAGAAACCUGAAGGCGGACCUUUCACUGGUAUGCUUGGUCAGCAAAUGAACACCAACGGGCAACCACAGCACCCCACACGAAUGUCGCAAAUGCCGAUGAACGGUAUGAUGAACCCGAUGAUGGGUGGGCAAAUGGGCGGACAAAUGCCUAUGAUGGGCAUGGGCAUGAACCAGAUGGGCUACUCGAUGCCUCAAGGAAACGACAUGAUGGCGAUGCAGCAAAUGCAGCAGAUGCAACAAAUGAUUGCUAUGCAGCAAAUGCAGCUCCAGCAGAUGCAAGCCAUGCAAAGGCCGCAGACCCAGGAUCCUCGCAUGUCGAUGGCCAUGCCAAAUGGCUUCGGAGGGAAUAUGAUGGGCAAUGGCAGCUUCCUUAGCGUGCCAGGCGCUAUGCCCAACGGCAUGCAGAACCGCCCGAUGUCGUUCAUGUCUGGAGCCCAGGGGCAACAACAGCCAAUGUCAAACUUUAUGGGCCCUGGGCCAGGCUACACACCCUCCAUCGCCCCAUCUGAGCGGUCCAACGUUGGUCUCUCCGCCCGCUACAGGCCAGUAGUCAACAACUCGGACGCACACUCGACCGGUACAUCGACCAUCCUGCAAGCCUCGAGCGGCGCCAGCGCCAACAAGCCCAACACCAUCAAGGGCAUAAUUAAACCCGCGCGGCCACCGCCUGUCGAAGAAGAUGAAGACUGGAGCAAGAUGGCCGCACGCAAAAGCAAAUUUGGCUUCGGCAGCAAGAAAUCGCAAAACAACGGAUUGGCGGAACUGACCAAGGGUCUGAAUAUUUAAUUUCUCUUCUCGACUAUUUAAAUACCCAACUCUUUUUCUCUACACAACAGCACAGCAACGCGCUGUUUUUGGCAGCGAACGAAGCGAGACGAUACAAGAAAGGAGAAAGGAAAGACACGAUCUUUUUUCCAUCUCGGUAUAGGCUGAGGAAUCUGAUAUAUGAGCAACAUGGAGGCGAUUUGAUCUGGGCAUUUACACAAGGCGUUUUCUUUUUACUAUUCAUAUUCCUUUGCAAUUUGUUGUUGAAUAUGGGCAUAAAACUUUCGGCGAUGGCGACCACCCAACCUGUUUCCAACUGUUGGUAUACACGCUGUGCAAUAAUACAAGGGGCAUUAUCGAGGUGGAUUAUAUAUGCAUAUCUUUAUCUCCAGUGGGGUUCUUGCUGCAUGUGGUGUUACCGGGGGGAAUGGAGUAGGAUUCAUUGUAGAUUUUAAUAGGGACACUUUUUUCGGCUUGGG